UCGGAGGUAAACACGCGCACCAGCUGUUCGGCCAAAACACCCGAUGGAGGGGAUCUUGUACAAAUGGACUAAUUACUGGAACGGAUGGCAGCCAAGAUGGUUUGUGUUGGAUCAAGGGGUUCUUGCGUACUACAAAUCCCAAGAAGAAGUCAACCAAGGUUCAAAGGGCUCGGUUAAAUUGUCAGCAUGCGAGAUCGUGGUUCAUCCAACAGAUACUAUGCGUAUAGAUAUAGUCAUUCCAUAUGAGCAACAUUUUUACCUCAAAGCACCAUCACCCCAUGAGAGACAUGCCUGGCUUGUGGCUCUUGGUAGUGCCAAGGCCGGCAUACCGCCUGCCAUUCCUCAAGCUAAAGUAGAGAAGGGUAAGACUGAGCCUGAACACGAUACUGUUAAAGUUAAAAAGUCGGAGCUGAGACUUACAUGUGACUUACUGAUGAAGCAGGUGUAUAGUGUGAAGACAGCUGCCAACAACCCAGAUGGACCAGAUCUUGAGAAACUAGAUGAAUCAACAGCUUUACUGACAGCAACGUGUGAUACAUUUAUUCGUACCUUGGAGGAAUGCAUGAAGCUCGCUAACACCUCCCAGACGCCCCAGCUUUCUGGUGAAUUCCCAGUUCCUCCAAUCACACUCCUUAAGGAGAGAAAAAGUUCUUCAUCGACACCUGUUGUUACCAGACAGAAUUCUGCAGAAAGGAGGACAGAGUAGCGGAAAAGGAGACCGAGACCAAGAAUGAAAUCCUGCAGCAUCAAAUCACAAAGUUACUGAAGAAAGUUCAAGUGCAACUUACAUCCAGAGUGAAAGCAUGGAGAAUGUUUAAAUAGAUUGAUUGGUAUCUGUGCAUUUUUUUUUCUUUUUUUCUUUUUCUUUCUUUUUUUCUUCAUUUCCUUUGUGCAAGUAGUGAGUUACUUGUUUUUUUGUUUUUUUUUCAAAGAUAGGCUGUUAUGGAGGCUGUUUUGUUUAUUGUUUGUGCUAUUUUUGUUUAUUUUAUGUAUUGUUGAGAAUACUCUUGAUUUGUUUAAGAUACUUAUAUUAUUCUGAUUUUAUAUUUUGAUUGAAUAUAUUUGUAAAGAUUUCUUACACAUAUACAGUAUGUAUGUACAAGCUCUCACACAUACUCUAUAAAAAACACACACACACACACACCCACACCCACACACCCACACCCACACACCCACACACCCACACACCCACACACCCACACACACACCCCCACACCCCCACACACACACACACACACACACACACACACACACACACACACACACACACACACACACACACACACACACACACACACACACACACACACACACACACACACACACUCACAUAUACACAUACACAUACACAUACACAUACACAUACACAUACACAUACACACAUACACACACACACACACACACACACACACACACACACACACACACACACACACACACACACACACACACACACACUCUCUCUCUCUCUCUCUCUCUCUCUCUCUCUCUCUCUCUCUCUCUCUCUCUCUCUCUCUCUCUCUCUCCUUCUCUCUCACACACUGAAAUUAAUAGUGUAUAGUAUAUUUGAAUUGAGUAUCGUAAAUUAUAGCAGACUUGCCGUAUAUAUUUGUUACACAUUAUGUGUUACAUGAUACACAAUAUUAAUAAUUCACUGUUAUGUAUAGUUAUAUUCACUUCUUUAACAGUGCAGUCACCAGUAAGUUCAUGCUGAGUAUUUUUAUUAGUACUAAGGCUGAAGGAAUGAACAGGUUAAGCAUAGGUUUGUGUGUGUGCAUGUGUGUGUAUAUACAAAAUAUAUGUAUAUACAAUAUUUAGAUAUGUAUUUAUAUACACAUAUAUGGAUGUGUGGAUGUGUGUGCUUGCCUGUGUUUGAGAGAAUACGUACAUGUAUAUGUAUGUAUAUAUAUAAUUUUUUUCGUGGAAACUAUUCCUUCAAAAAAAAACAAAAAAACAGUAGAUUGCACUUUGACAAUCAUAAAACAGAAUUGGCAAAAGUUUCAAUUGAAUAUGAGUAAAGAAGCUUUCGUAUGCAUUUUGAUCUCACUCGACAUUUCGCUGAUUAAUUCCAAGUGAUGUACUUCAGUGUAGUAUUAAGGAUUUUCAUCAAGUUUUAGAUGUAUUUUUAUUAUGGUUAUUAGUAUUAUUAUUAUUAUUAGCACUAUUAUUUUAUUUACUUAUUUUUUAUGUUUUUUUAAUUUCCGGUUUUAUGACUGUAUGACUUAUUUGAGCUGCCUUAUUAUUCAUUUUUAUUUUUUUGCACUGUUUUCAUGUUUGUCUCUGAUUUGUAUUGAGAACUUUGUAACCGUCAAAAUCAUAUCAUUAGUUUACAUCCCACACGGUAGUAGGAUGUAUAAGAGAGAUUUGACUUUCUUAGAGCAGCUGCGCAAGAAUAUAUCUGUAUUAAGCGCUAACACCAGCUAGAGAGAUCUGAUUUAUUGGAGAUUUGAAGAAAUUCCGACUGCAGACUGUGCAAUUGUGUAUCCAGUCUGCAGUUUUUGUAGUUCCACAGACAUUCCUGAAUUGUUUGCAAUUGAAUAGGAUUUUUUAAUUUGUAAGUGUACCAGUUUUUGUAAGCAUUGAAAUUAAUGCCUGUUGCUUUUGAGUUGAUUUUAGUAAUGCAGGGUUUUGCUGUUCAUUACAUAAAAGUUCUGUGUAUAUAUAUAUAAAAACCCCUUCCUUCCCUAGAGUGUUCGGGUUUGAUGGUUUUCAUGGUGAUACCAAGUAUUUUGAGAUUUUAUGAUUUUUAGGCAAAUGGUAUGGUAUGCUUUAUUCUUUGAAUGAUAUAUAGGAAUAUUUGUUUUGAUUUUCUUUUUUUUUUAUACUAUGUAAGAUAGAAAUUUAUAAAUUAAAAGUGAGGCCAAAGGAAAGAGUUAUAUUCACAUAGGUAUAAAGCCGUGAUUAUUUAAACUAUUGUUAAUAUAUGUAGAUUAUAAAUAAAACAUAUUUGUAAAUGCUGUACAUUCACACAGGUCAAAGAUCAAGUGCAUUCAGGAUUACCACUAACUUAGCUAAAGUCAAAUGGUUAGUUCUCGUUUCCUGUGCAUUGCCUUGUCUUGCAACAUGCAACAUUCACAUACAGUGUUGUUCUUCCUGUCUCGACAUGGGAAAUACGCUGCGAGUCAGUGUGUUCCUGUGUUUCUCUUUGUUACGAUUUUUUUUUUUUUUUAACGUCCUGCUCCUUUUACUAUGAAUUUUUCAUGCUUACGCUUUUAAGGACAAACGUAAAUUCCUAUUUCUAAAAUUCAGAAGAAUCAGAUUUGUAUUUCCCUUAGCUUAUAUAUAUAU